AUGAUUCGUCUUAUCUUCACAGCAACAGCAAUAAUAACUAGCUCCUCCGCUAUCUACUUGUACAUCUUCCACGAUCGUCUAUCAAAACGCAUAGCGCACAAGUCCCAUUCUGGAACCCUCUCCACAGCCACAAAACGAACAAGUAUAGAAUCAAUCCCAGAAACCGUCUUCAGCGAUGAGUACUUCACGCUCUACGACCAUGCCUCACAGUCUGUGCCGCGGGCCUGCCUCCCCAGCAGUGAGGCUACAGACCUGCUCUUCAAAAAACUCUUGCGCCGAAACAUGAUCGCUUUCUCGCGGUUCCCGCAGGCGCUUAUGCUUGCCAUGGCUAGUAAGAAGUCGGAGCAGAAGGAGAGUUUUCAGUCGGGGUAUCUUGCCGCGCUGGAUUUUGAGGUCGGGGAUUUGAUUUGUGGGGUUUAUCGCGUUGUCGUGCGGAGGAAGGAUCGGGUUGAGUUUGAGAUUAAGAUGGAGGCAGUGGACUUUGCGCAGGGGAGACUGGCGAUUAGUUAUAAAGAGGAGGACGGAAGCCAGGAGGAAGAAGGGAAUGUUGUGUUUUGUAGUGAGACUGUUAUGUGGAAGAGAGCGGAUGAGGUUAGGAAGAUGCCGUUAGAGAGGUGUGUUGUGAGGUGGAUGCAUGAGACUGCUGCUUGGUGGUUGAUGGACUCUGGGGUUAGGUAUUUGAUGGAUUUGGAGGGUUGA